AUGUGUCUUGAAUAUAAGAGCACUGAGUUAAAGACAACAUCAACCAUCAACAUCUCAUUAGUCUUGUUGCCUCCUCUUCUGGUGAUUGGAGUGUUUAGGGAGCCAAACAAGUGCUUUGGUGAGACGUCUCGUCGUGGUAGAAGACAACAAGUCAGUCAUGUAGAGUACAUGAAGGAUGGACUAAAGCACAUGAGACUGAAGUUCUACAUUGAAGGAGAAGAACCAGGCCAUCAGGGAACGGUGCACACAGAAUCCAAAGAGAACCCUGAAACUGGAAAAUUUGAGUUUCGCUACAUCUUCGUGGAAGUAGACACCUACCCAAGGAGAACCAUCGUCAUGGAGGACAACAGAUAA